CUUUAUGAAAGCAUUCAAACAUGUCACUGUUUUCGAGGAAAGGACCCAGAAGCAUCCUGUGAACUUGUCCAGAAGACCAAUAAGCAUAUCAAUUUUGAAGUCAAUUUACAAUACCAUAUACUUGGCUAAACUACACUGCAACCUACCACUUCCUUCUUACCCUUUUGUGUUUAUCAGAAUUUUCGGAUUCCAGUGCAAACUAUAAACAACUUCCCUCACCCUUUCUUACUUUCUUGUUCUUGUUAACAUGGCUGCUGAACUUGUUGGAGGAGCUUUUCUCUCUUCUUUUCUCAAUGUUCUUUUUGAUAGGCUGUCCGAUCCUGCGAUCAUCAACAUGAUGCGAGGAAAGAAGGUUGACCAGAAGCUGCUUCAAAAGCUGAAGACCAUUCUAAACGUGGUUGAAGCUGUGCUGAAUGAUGCUGAGAAGAAACAGAUCACUGACUCUGCUGUCAAGAGGUGGCUCGAAGAUCUCCAAGAUGCUGUCUAUGAUGCUGAUGACUUGUUGGAUGAAGUGGCCACCAAAGCUGCCACUCAGAAGGAUCCACCAGGUAACUUCCUGUCUCGCUUUCUCAAUUUGCAAGAUAGGGAGAUGGUUACUAGGAUUGAAGACAUCAUUGCUAGACUAGAAGAGAUUGCAAAACACAAAGAUAUCCUUCGUCUAGAAAAGAUUGUAGCCAAGAAUAUGUCUGGGAGAAACGAAUCAACAUCUCUUGUUCAAAAGUCUGAUGUAUUUGUUGGUAGGGACCAAGACAGGGAGGAUAUAGUCAAAUUGUUGUUAGAUGAUACUGAUGAUGGUGAACUAUCUGUCAUCCCCAUCUGGGGUAUGGGUGGGAUCGGAAAAACUACUUUGGCUAAGUUGGUUUUUAAUGAUGACAAAGUGCAGCAAAAGUUUAAUGUUAGAGCAUGGGUUUGUGUUGGGGAAGAAUUUGAUGUUCUUAAAGUGACAAAGACUGUAAUAGAGGAAAUAACUUCUAGUCGGUGUGAUAUGAAUAGCUUAAACUCAGCUCAACAACAUUUAAGGAGUAAGCUAACAGGGAUGAAAUUCUUGGUUGUUUUGGAUGACUUUUGGAGUAACAAUUACACAGCUUGGGCAAAUUUUCUGAUUCCUUUUAGAUGUGGAAGUGAGGGGAGUAAGAUCCUUGUGACAACUCGUAGCGAAAAGAUUGCAAACAUGGUGAAAGGUUUUCAUUAUCAAGCCUACAAUUUGAGUGCGUUGAAUGAUGAAGAUUGUUGGAUAGUGUUUGCAAAUCAUGCAUUUCUUUCUGGAGAGCGUCUAGCUUUUGAAAAAGUUGCCAGAGAAAUUGUUAAAAAGUGCAAGGGAUUACCUCUAGCUGCUCAAGCACUUGGGAGCUUAUUAAGGUCCAAAGAUAAUGAAAAGGAUUGGAAUAAUGUUUUGAACAGUGAAAUUUGGGAAUUUUCUGAAGAGGAAAUUGAAAUUAUUCCUGCGCUGAGGAUUAGUUAUUACCACCUUCCUUCGCACUUAAAACGUUGUUUUGUUUAUUGCUCUUUGUAUCCCAAAGACAAUGAAUUUGAUAGAGAUGAAUUGGUGUUAUUGUGGAUGGCCGAGGGUCUUUUGCAACAGCCGAGGGGGGGAAGCACUUUAGAAGAAGUUGGCUAUGAAUAUUUUAGUGAUUUAGCAUCAAGAUCUUUUUUUCAACCUUCUAAUAAUGCUUAUAAAACUUCAUUUGUAAUGCACGAUCUCAUGCAUGAUUUAGCAACAUUCUAUGGUGAAAAGUUCUAUUUUAGAACCUUUGAAGUCAAGAAUGUACUCAAGCACGAUAUCAAAACUCGUCAUUUGUCGUAUGUUUUGCGCAACAAGGAUUCAGUCUCAAAGAUCCUGGAAGUAUGUGAUAGUUUAAAGCAUGCAAGGACAUUGCUGCAAGUCAAUUUGAAGUGCUUACGAGAGGGAAUAGUCGUUCCUUGUGACUUACUAGAACAAUUGAAGUGCUUACGAGUUUUGUCAUUUAAAAUUUUUUCAGAUGAUGAAAACUUGUUGCAUCGUUCAAUUGGUGAAUUGAUCCAUUUGCGUUAUUUGGAUCUUUCAUACACAUCCAUCGUGACUUUGCCCGAGUCUUUAAGUUGCUUGUACAAUUUACAAACCUUGAAGUUGAGAGAGUGUAGAAAUCUUAAAAAGCUUCCUAGCAAGAUGCAAAAUCUUGUGAAUUUGCGUCAUCUUGAUGUUUUUGGCUCUAUUUCGGUGGAAGAGAUGCCAAAAAAGAUGAGCAAAUUAAAAGAUUUGCAAUUUUUAAGUGACUAUAUUGUGGGGAAACAUGAAGAGAAUGGGAUUGGAGAACUGGGAGGACUAACACAUCUUCAUGGGACAUUGUGGAUUACGCAACUAGAGAAUGUUAAGAAUAGUGGUGAAGCAUCGAAUGCAAGGAUGGAUGAAAAAAUACACCUGAAUGCUUUAUAUUUGGAGUGGUCAUGCUCAUCAUUUGAAGAAAGUGAGGUUUGUGAUUCCCAAACUGAAAAAGAUGUACUUGAUAAAUUACGUCCUCACAAAGACUUGGAGGAGCUAUCCAUCAGUUGUUACAGAGGUACGAUGUUUCCGGAUUGGGUAGGGCAGUCUUCGUACCACAACAUGACUGAGUUGGAGCUGAGGGGAUGCAGGAAUUGUUGGGUGCUUCCUUCACUUGGACAGUUACCCGCUCUAAUGAGAUUGGAGAUUUCAAGAUUUGAUAUGGUGAAGAAGAUUGGUGGGUCAUUCUAUAAGGGUGAUGGAACUCAUCAGCAUCAGGAGACACCCUUCCGAUCCCUUAAAAUUCUCAUUAUUCGAAGGAUGCGUUGCUGGGAGGAAUGGGAGUCAUAUGAAUGUGAUGAUGAUAAUGAUGCACCAUUUCCUCAACUUGAGACACUUUCGAUACAGUACUGUCCUAAGUUAAGAGGAGAUUUGCCCACUUUCCUUCCGUCUUUGAAAUCACUCUUCAUUAGAGGAUGCGAGGAGCUUGGUUGUUAUCUGCCAAGAGCUCCAAUCCUACGCGAUUUAAGAAUAGAUGGCAAACAGGAAGCAAGAAUGCGGGACCUACCACUUUCACUGCAACAUCUAAGUAUCUCAGGAAAGCAGCUUGUGGAGUAAGUGUUUGAGGCCAUGACCCACACCCAACCAACCUCUCUCAUAGACCUACAGAUCUCAGAGUGCUCAUCAGCUAUAUCAUUUCCAGGGGAUUCUUUGCCCCCUUUAUUGGAAUAUCUAGGCAUCUACAAUUGCAAGAAUGUAGAAUUCCCAAUGCAACACCAACAACAUCACUUGCUACAGACAUUAGAAAUACACAACAGCUGUGAUUUGCUUACAUCCUUCGCAUUGCCAGCGUUCCCAAAUCUCUUAUUUCUGAGAAUAGAAAGUUGUGAAAAUUUGACAUCUCUUGAGGUGUCACAGUCACAGUCCCUCCGAGACUUAUCAAUUUAUGAGUGUCCUAAGCUGGAGAACAUAAUAAGGCUGCCUGCCUCUUUAGAGACUCUCAAAAUCAGAGAAUGUGGGUUGUUGGGUGAAGGCAUAGAGAGGAAGGACCCCCACAUUUGGCCAUCCAUUUCCCACAUCCCCUACAUUUCUGUUAAUGGGACAUGGAUUCGGUUUGACUCAACAUCUUAAAACAGGUAACUCUUUUGCUCUUUCUCUCCCAAACACACUUCACUUCAUGUACUCCAACAUCAUAUUCAUUCUCUCCUACAUAAUCUUGCUUUUAUUUGAAAAGUUUAUCGUACUCUUUUUGCUGUAAAUACAAAACCGAAUCCUCUUUGACACUUAAUCACCACUCUAGUCAAUAGGUACUUUCGGGAAAUAAUAAUCCCAAAUCACAUGUGUAUCAAAUUGCUUCAUCUCUGAUGAACCCUCUGCUACACCUUUUUACACUGCUAUUCUAGAUUUUGGAGUUUACAUAUGGUAGCUAAACAGAAACACAGAGAGAAUGAGAAUUAUGAAUUAGGAGCCUGUUUCCUCAAAGGAUUGAUGGUGCACUCGCCUUGUCUGCCACUUCAUUGAUUCAGCAAGAAACAGAUUGGAGCAAGUUGGAGUAAGAGUGUACAACCUUUGCAGCGUUUAAAAUUUGGAGUGUUGCUAUAUAUAUUUUGGUGAAGGAAUGGAGGGGGUAUUUGGCUUAUCAUCUUAGCUUAUAGCACUAGUUAUAAUUGUAAACUUUUAUGUAGAUAUAGUUAUAAAAUACAUUAAUAGAAUAAAGUUUUAUUAUUACUAUGUACUCUAGUUUUCUCCUUGAAAGUAAGUAAAAAAAAGUACAAGUGGAUAUUGAUAUUGAUACUUAGCAUUGUUAAACACUAUUUUGCCCCUAAGAACGUUGUAGGGGGCAUUUGAAAAUUGGAAAGAUCAGAAGGAAUCCAGCAUCCUUUCAAGGCACCGAAAUCAUCUCACGGUUUUGGACAAAGAAAACAAGAAGAUUCUCAUGAACUUUGUCUUAAGACCAAAGGCAAAGGAUAUAUGAAAUCAAAAUAAAUAUUAUUGGUUGAUUAUAUAAUAAUGCCAACAUGCAUCACACUGUCACUAUAAUAAUACUUCACUGCUACUGCUACCAAUUCCUUACCAUCCUUUCUGUUUGUGAGAAUUCGGAGUUAUGAGUGAAUACUACUACAUACUUCAUCCCUUACCUUUCUUACUUCCAUGAUCUUGUGAACAUGGUUGCUGAGCUUGUUGCAGGAGCUUUCCUUUCUUCUUUUCUCAAUGUUCCUUUCGACAGGCUGUCUGAUCCUGGGAUUAUCAACCUGAUCCGAGGGAAGAGGCUUAGUGAGAAGAUGAUCCAGAGGUUCAAGGCAAUCCUGAAAAGUUCUUUGUUAGAACCUUUGAACUCGAGAAUGUAGGCAAUUAUCUUUUAUUUUUUCUUAAGAGUUUUCAUGUCUUCAUCAUUUCAUUCUAUUUUAGGAGAGCUGAUAUGAGUUAUUCUGUUCAUACGAAAGUGAGAGCUUAGAAAGUGAGAAUCAAUUUCUGUUAUGAAAAAGGCAAGAGAGCUAGGAUGUGAGAAUAUCUAGAAAAAGCUAUAGUGCCGUUUGAGAAAUUUGUUUUUUGUAUUGCCUUGAAUUGGUAUUUAUUACAUGAAUUUGUUUAUAGUGAAAAAUUCUACCAUUUAUUAUGGUGGAGACUGGAUGUAGAUCCCACUCUGGGAUUGAACCA